AUGCCUCCAGUCUCUUAUAUUAAUCGACGUAACACUAUUAGUGAGGCACUUAAAGAAUUAAAUAAUUACCCUUCUAACUCUAAACGGCCAAGUAUCAAUAGUGUUGCUAAAAGUUUUGGAAUCCCGGAAGCUACUCUUAGACGUGCCGUAAAAAAUGGCAACCCUCCUAACCGUACAGGCCCACCAACUAUACUUACCAAGCAUGAGGAGGAUCAACUUGCAGGCUAUUGUAUUAACGUCCAGAAGCUUGGGUUUGGCCUAACAAGAUCUGGCGUUAAUCAUUGUGUGAUGGAAAUCUUAAGAUUAAGCAAGCGACCACACCCUUUUAAUAAUAAUGGACCGGGUCAUGAUUGGUGGGUGCGUUUCAUGAGAGAUCACCCUGAGCUAUCGUUUCGCACUCCCCAAGAGUUAUCAGAAGCACGAGCACAAAAGGCCAAUGCAACAAUUGAAGAACAUAUUACACUUAAAAAUGAAAAUGAUUUGUUAAGAUCUCAGGUUAAGAAACUAAGUGAGGAACUGGAAACUUAUAAGAACCCUGGGACAUGUGCAUUAUGUUUAGCACUCAAGUAUCCAGUUUCUCAAGCUCAAAAUUCUCAA